AUGUAUGAAUAUGAAGAUGAAACAUUUGAAAGAGAAGACGAAACACAGACGAAUGCUGAUGGUUCUAAUGACGAUGGAGUGGAGAAUUUUGAUGAUGAAUUAAAAUUGAGUGUAAUUCAAUAUGAUGGUGAUCAUUGGAAAAUUAGAUCUACGAAAAUCCCUGGAAUGGUUGAAAUCAAAUUAUCACCUCUAACACAAAAAAUUCUAGGAUGUGAAGUUGGAGAAGAUGUUACCACUGAAUAUCCAUGGGUGUUUGUUAGAAAAGAAAUAAUAGAAGAUAAUCUUGACUUACACAGAAAAAGUAGUGAUUUUGUUCCAGUUCGAAAUCAAAUCCUAGAAUAUCCUGAGAAACAGGUUCUCAUUGGUUAUGCUUCGCGUAUGACUGAUGAUUAUGGACAUUUCUACGUUUGCCUGACAAACAGCAGCGCCAAUGUCAUCAUGAAUCAAAUUGAAGCUCAGAGAUCUGAAAAUGAAAAAAGUAUAAAAAAUGCUGUAUUCAAAAAGCCUGGUGCAUGGCAAUCAUAUGGUAGCGAAAUUGAAGUCGAUGAAUCUAUUGUUAAAAAUAGAAGAGAACGGUACGUGAUCGAGAUAGAAACACAUAAAAAGUACUCUCACUCACCAAAAGUCUUGGUAAACCGCAACGUUGAAGACCAAAGAGAUGGUUACGUGGAACUUGUACCGUCAAGGCAAAGCUUUAACAACGUGUCUAAAAGAGUAGUUUCUCGAGGUGACCAGGCCAAUCCUGCAACUAGUGAUAACGAAGCCCAGACGACAAUUUCGGCUCCUAUAAACUCGUGGUCUCAGUACUUGUAUGACCAUAAACCGAUCAAUACUUACAAUGAAGACGAGGCGAAUGCUAUCCAGAAAUUUCUUAAUAAUAAUAUUGACAUGAUAUGCGAGGAACUUCUUCUGAACGAAAUCUGUGAUCCUCACACAGAUGAUUGUGAGAAGUUAGUGAAGCAUGAAAGAGAUACUAAAGCUCCAGUACCAAUCACCUUUACAGAAUACCAACAUUAUCACGAUGGUCAAUUAACUAAAGAAAAAGUUAUUAAUGAUCUUUGCUGGCAUCCUCUUUUAAGUGGAAUAGCUAUUGCCACCUAUACAACUCACUGUAAAAGUGCAUUUUUUCGAGGACGACAAACUCAAGAAAAAAUACCACAAAGCUUUUCCAGAGAUAACAAAGUACUUGUGUGGUCCUUCAACGACUGUCUACAGCCUAAAUUGAUUCUAGAAUGCCCUCGAGAAGUGACCGCAAUUUCUAUUAGACCUCUCGAUGGAAAUGUUGUAGUUGGGGGUUGUUCUAAUGGUCAGAUAGCAGUGUGGUCUAUUUUGGGAAAAAUUGAAGAAGUUGAAAAAACGAGUUCUGGGUCUCAGUUAAAAUACAGACAAGUUAUGAAAAAUUUAAUGAGCUGGAUGAAAGACACAACUAGUUCAAAUGUGAUUUAUCCAGCUGCAAUGUCUUCAAUCAAAAAUGGCCAGAAGGGUGCUAUUACCCAGAUAAUCUGGUUGGCAACUCACAGUAAGCUCAACGAGAAUGGAAAGAUGGUUGAGUUGGAAGAAAACUCUGAUGUUGAAGAACUUGGUUGGCAGUUUGUGACAUCUAGUGAGGACGGCAGUGUCGCCUUCUGGGACCUGAGAGUACGCGAGGAAAUGGAACGAUCCAACGUGCCAAAGCAAAGAGGAAAAAAGAAAAAAAAUAUACCCAAACCUAAAGCUCUUACUCAAUUGAUCUCACCGUUCAAGAUUCUUGACGGUGUAUUCAGCCCCACAUACAUGCUCUCUGUGAAGCAUUUCAACCAAGAACGUCGAGUUGUCAUCACAACAAUGAGCUUUUAUGUGCCAAAAAUACGAAGGGUAGAAGUUGAGCCACUUCCUAUUGAUUCCGCUGACAUAGGAAUGAGAAGACACUACAAGUCAGUGGUAGAGAAACCGGCGAACAUUACAUGGGGAAUGAUUUUCUUGGGCACUCUUGAGGGUGAUGUAGGAAGGGUGGCUUGGAAUGGCUUUGAGUUUAGCAAUGACUUGAGAAUGAAUCGAGAAUCUGUGAAAUGGAUUUGGAAGAAUGAGGGCAUCCAUGAUGGACCUGUCACCCACUCAGUAAGAUCUAAUUACCUAGACGAUAUCAUAUUAACCAUUGGAGGAAAAACAUUUGCCAUUUGGCGAGAAGACUUUGAUGAACCUGUUUUUCUAAGACGAUGUACAGUAAGAUAUACAGCUUGUUCCUGGAGUAAUUCACGUCCAACAGUUCUAAUGUUAGCACGUGUAGACGGUACAGUUGAGAUCUGGGACCUUAUUGUCAAGAGUAACGAAGCUUGCUUCACACAAAGUGUUUCGGGUCGGAUCAUCACUGGAAUUUAUAGUCAUGACCUUUAUCUAAAACCUGAAUGCGUUGCUUUUUGUGACUCAAACGGUACGAUGCGGGUCUUUACAGCCCCACUGGACUUCUCCGUCUUUGAGGAAAGUAAUGUUGAGUGGAUGAAAGCAUUCGUGGAGCGAGAGGUUAACAGAAAACCUAAAUCAGGACAAUUUAUUGAGGAAGCAAAAAGCAGAUGGAAAGCAAUGGAAUUGGAGCGAAUGCAAAGGGUCAUUUUGGAAAAGAAAGGACUUCGUGCGGAAGAUCUAGAAAGGCGACGGGAGCCUGUACUAAAGCUACGACAGGAAGUACGAAAAAAGAAGGAAAAAAUUCGUGAUGUGAUGCAGCAGCAAGACCGGAUAUUCGAGGACACAGUAGCCUUCCUGUUUCCGGAACGGAACUACGAACGUGAGCAUGCCGGCGUGACCACUGAGAUAGUACAGAAAGAGAAAUCUGAUGGCGAGUACGUUAAGGACAUGGAGAAAGUUAGGAUAGAAGCUCUUAUUCAUCCCUUCAAAACUGCUUCAAGUUCUGGUAGUUUGAUGUCAACGUCAGGCAAUUUGGAAGAAGAGAUUAUACACAACUUUGAACGAGUUGCUGCCGAGGCUUCACUCUUUAUACAACAACAUCCGUACAAGGAUUCUUUCAAUUGGAAAGAUGUAUUUCGUGAUGGAUUAAGAAGACGACAUAUCUUAGAUGUCAAAUUACGCUCAAUUAAAAGAAAAGAACAAUCUAACAUUGUUGAGAUUUCAAAACAAUCUUCUCUUAAAGAAUUGGAUGAAGAAAAAUACAAUAAUGAUUAUUGGAAGACACUACAAGAAGGUAAACUUGAUUUAUCUUCAAAAGUGAUAAUUUACUGA